AGAUAGCACGCAAAGCCGCCGCGGACUGCGCUCGCGGAGCACGUGCACCCGGGAUCUGCGAGGCUCUCGAGCUCUCUCGAUGGGCGCUGCCGGACCUGGCGCUUAUCGGCCUCUACGACGUGAUCGUGUUCUGCGACGACUCGGGGUCGAUGAACAUCGAGGAGCGGUAUGGUACGCUCCGCACGGUGGUGAGACGCAUCGCACGGAUUGCUGGCGCUUAUAAUCCCCGUGGAAUCAAGAUCAGGUUUGUUAAUGCUACAAAUGACGGGGGCUUCGAUGGGAUUGUUACAGAGGAGCAGGUUGAGACGUGUCUCGAUACGGUGGUGCCUAAGGGGGGGACGCAGCUGGGCACCAGGCUCGUCACGAAGGUUAUUCAGCCGCUCAUACUGGAUAGGGCCAGGCGAGGGGAGCUGGAUAGGCCCGUCGUUGUUAUCAUUGUGACGGAUGGCGAGCCGAGCGGAGAAGACGAGGACAUGCUCAAGAAUGCCAUUCUCGCGACAAAGAACGAGUUAUCGAAGCACUCCUGCGGCAGAAGUAGCUACGGCCCAUCCUCCGUCGUCUUCCACAUCGCCCGCGUCGGCACCUCCUCCAAAGCCAAGAGCUUUGUCCGCAGCCUCGAGGAAGACGAGGAGGUGAACGAUCUACUGUUUUCGACCGAUGAGUCGCUGGACUGGGCACUCGGCGAGGCGCAGAGUAGGGGGCAGUUGAAUACUUGGGUGAGUUCUCUUGAAGCAUCAGAUCGGAUUGGAUGGCGGGGAGCUAACGGGUGGUGGGGAAUAUAGUUGUUGCAGCUUUUGGCGGGGAGUAUCAAGCUGUAGCGAUGGGAAUGGUCGGUAAAGUACGGAUUUCAACGGGAUGCGGAGGAGGCUUUUGGAGUUUUCGGUUUCGGAUUUGGAGUCGGGCGUCUGGAUGGGAUGGGAUGGCCGGAUCGGGUCGGGUCGGCAGUGGAUGUUCGAGGAAUAGUAUGGCGGAUGUGUUUACGAUCGGAUGAGUUUUCUUUGUCACUGGAUAUGAUGGAAGGGACGAAACUACGGAGUGCUAUUCGGAUAUGGGAUUUAGCGAGUUUCGAUGGCGGGCUUUAAGUUUUCAGCUUAGCAAUAAUUCCAGAGGACGGGAUGGAUGACGGAUGACAGUAAUGAGUAGCAUGUCGAUGGGCU